CGUGGAAGUGGGCGUGGCCAGGGGUGGAAUCCCAGAGCCGUCGGUGCGCGUGGGGAGAGCGGGACAGCGGCGGGGCUGGAAGGGGCUCUCCCGUCCUCCUCCCGUCCUCCCCUCCUGGCCCUCGCCAUGCUGGGCUUCCUCGUGGGCUACGUGGUCUUCUGCCUGCCGGGCUCGGCCUCGGGCGUCUCCGCUCGUGGGGCGGCGGGGCUGCGCUUGCCUUGCCCGCUGCCCCCGCUCCCGAGGGCCGCCCCCGCCCUGCUCCCCGAGCGGCCCUUCCUCCUGGUGCCGCCCGAGGACGAGGAGGAGGAGGAGGAGGAGGAAGGCGGCGAGGAAGGGGAGCGUGGCGCCCCCGCCGCCCCCCGCAGGCGCUUCCCGCAGGCGCUGAUCGUGGGCGUCAAGAAGGGCGGGACGCGCGCCCUCCUCGAGUUCCUCCGCGCCCACCCCGACGUCCGCGCCCUCGGCGCCGAGCCCCACUUCUUCGACCGCGGAUACGCGAAGGGCCUCGCCUGGUACAGAAACCUGAUGCCCAGGACCUCGGAGGGCCAGAUCACCAUGGAGAAGACUCCCAGCUACUUUGUGACCAAGGAGGCCCCUCGGCGCAUCUACAACAUGUCCAGGGACACCAAGCUGAUUGUGGUGGUGCGCAACCCGGUCACGCGGGCCAUCUCGGACUACACGCAGACGCUCUCCAAGAGCCCGGGUCUCCCCGGCUUCCAGGCGCUGGCCUUCAAGAACCUGAGCACGGGCCUUAUCGACACCUCCUGGAGUGCUCUGCGCAUUGGGAUCUAUGCCAAGCACUUAGAGCACUGGCUGCGCUACUUCCCCGUCUCCAGCUUCCUCUUUGUCAGCGGCGAGCGGCUGGUCAGCGACCCGGCCAGGGAAGUGGGCCGCGUCCAAGACUUCCUGGGCCUCCGGCGCCUGGUGACGGACAAGCACUUCUACUUCAACCAGACCAAGGGCUUCCCCUGCUUGAAGAAGCCCGAAGGCGGUGGCGGCAGGCCCCGGUGCCUGGGGAAAUCCAAGGGGCGGCCGCACCCCAAGAUCGACCCCCAAGUCAUCCAGCGCCUCCAGGACUUCUACAGACCUUUCAACCUGAAGUUCUAUCAAAUGACGGGGCAGGAUUUCGGGUGGGAUUGAAAUGCCCCGUCUCUGAAGGUUUCCAAGCGGAGGGCUUGGAUUGUGUCUUCCUUCCUGGCCCUUAUGGCUUCCAAGCGCAGACUGAAUGGCCGCCUCUCAGGAGGGCUCGGAUUGUGUCAUCCUGCCUGGCCAGAAGGGAGUUGGAUUGGAUGGCCCUUGGCAUUUCCAAGCAGAGGCUAGAUGGCCAUCUGUGGGGAGGUCUUGAAUUGUGUGGCAAGGAAGGGGUUGGACUGGAUGGCUUUGAGGGUCCCUUCCAACUCUAUGAAAGGCAGCCAUCCCUCUAGUUUUCUGUGCAGUCCAAGGAGGCAAAGCACUUCAGAAGAAGUUCAUAGCAAAUUCUAUGACUCUUUGCACAUUGGAAAGGCUUUGAGGGGAAGUGGGCCAAGUGCGCCUAUGCGCAGGCAUAGACCCGGCCCCCCGAAAUCCAUCGUGUGCUGCAGUACUUACAGUCCGAGGGAAGCGGCUCCUGGGUCUCCUCUUCUUUCUAAUUUAUAUAUCUGGCCAGGAGAGGAGAAAUGUACUCUUUGCGGAGGAGAAAGGGAAAAUAUUUAAGAUGUCUUUUUUGGGUUCAAACCAACUAAGGGGAGCCCAGAUACAAAUAAACCUGGCGAAUAUUGAUUGAGUA